UCCCUUUGGUCCAAUGCGCGCCUAGAAAAGCCGCGCGCCCGCCUCGCGUUCUGAGCCGGAGCGAGAGGCGCUUCAGAGAAGGAGGGACCGAUCUGCAGGAGCCGGCCGCCCAGCCGAGCUGCAGUCGCCGCCGCUGCUGCCGCCGCUGUCGCUGUCAGAGCCCGUCCGAAGAGUGACACCUUCGCGAAAAACAGGAGCUACGAAACAGUUGCACGCGCAGUCUUCGGAUCUCCAGUCACCAUUCAUGAGCCCGAGGCUGUGAGACAUGCUCCAUGUGCCAAGGGGAGUUCUCACCAAAUCUUCUGAGACUGUCCUAGACAUACGCUGUUCGGACUGAGUCAGCAUCACCAGAGGCAAGAGAAAAUUAUCUUAAUGGAGAGAUAGGAGACUUCUAAAUGCCAGUGAGUGGAUGGAGACGAGGCACAAGUUUGAAGCUGGGGACUCUGCAAGGGAUAUAUCAGAGGGUCUGUGAGACUUCAGGAGCCUACCCAAAGAAGCUGGGGAUACUUUCAAAGAGAAGUGGGAAUCAGGUGCCCAAAGGCUCCGUUCUGUCCCUGCAUGCUAUUGUCACAUCUCGCUUAUCCAAGAGAAGUACCAUCGUAUUCAUUAACAACGUCGAAAGUAGCCUACUUUAAGAGGAAAUAUGCAGAAGAAGAAGAUUUACAUCAAGAUUACCAUGGGUGUUUUCCAAAACACUUGAUAUUACCCGAAGACAGGACCUGUAUCCUCAAGCUUUCCCUGGAGAAGCUCAGGUUUCUUGAAGACCCAGAAACCUACUUAAGAAGGUCUGUGUUAAUUAACAAUUUGCUGAGGAAGAUACACCUAGAGACGGAGAAAGAGAGCUAUGAAUACUUUAAGGAAUCUCCCUCCUAUAAGACUGCUUAUUCGGAUACAAGAAAACGGCUGAAGUUUAUGGUACAGGAGUGCUGUUCCCAGUCUCUCUACUAUGAAGAGCUGCAUUCCUACCACAUUGUGCCUUAUACUUCGGAAAACCCCAUCUACGGGAUGGGCUACACUGGUGACCACUUGGAGCAAAAUUCUCAGUUGCUUAUUUAUAAAAUGAAUUAAAGUAACUGUUAAGUUCAUUGA